ACGGAAUUAUAGGGCAUGCCAUCUCAUUUUUAUUUUCUCAUUUGCUAAAGAUGUCUGGCGAGAUAACGAAGCCGCCUGGCAUGAUAAUGAAGAUAAUCUCUUUGAUAUCUUGCGCGUUUAUUUUAACUCAAUUGUGUGACAGUAGUCAGGAAUCGUUUUUUCGAAAAGUAAAAACUGGCGGUAGUAAUCUGGUGCUUAAUGUCCUAUCCAGUGAAACAGUGUCGUCCAUGCUGGAAUGCAGUCACCGUUGUCUCCGCGUGAAAAAUUGUACAGGUUUCAACCACAAGUCGGCAGAAACGAGAAUCGAAAAAAAUUGUCAACUUCUUGUUGGAGACAUGGGAAAUAUUCAACAAACCAGUAUUGAUACAGGGAAAUGGACUUUGUACAAAGCUCUAAGGACUCGCGUAGUCAACCAAACUACAUGCCCAGAUGGUUGGUUCAAACUUUUCUCAUCAUGCUAUUAUUUUCAAAGCACGCGCUUAAACUGGGACGACGCUAGAUCCGCUUGUCAAUCACUCAAAGGUGAUUUAUUCAUUCCUGAUGAUAGCACAGAACAACACGAAAUUUGGAGAUUAUCUCAAGCAAGAACACCACCUUUGUAUUUUCCGUGGAUCGGCGUAAGAUUGCCCCAACCCAAUACAAAGGUUUUCUAUACUGUCAAUGGCGUACCAACAUCCUAUACAAAUUGGGCCUUGUAUGAGCCAAAUUACCUUAACUCGGAAUUCUGUGUCGUUCCUUACAGCGAAACUGGUAAAUGGAAUAAUGUUGCAUGCCACCCACUCCACGAUUACAUAUGCGAACGGAAUCAAACCAUCAAAUACCAUAACGUUCCAUACAUAUGAGGGUCAAGCAAGAGACCUGGGGCCGGUUGUUCAAAAAGCGUUUAGCUUUAGCUUUAAUAUCUAUUUAUUGAACAACUGAGCUGAAAUAUU